CAAAAAAAAAGAGAAAAAAUAAAAUAAAAGGGAGAUAAAAAAAAGUUCCAUGAUCAGAGAACACUUUUUUUCUUCUUUUUCUUGCAUGGGUUUUUAGCCAGAUCUGAACCUCUGGUUGUCUCUCUCUUUCAGCAUAAGCCCUAAUCAUCAUUAAGGGUUUUCAAGGACAAGGAGAUUAGCGAGAAUUUGGGGUAUAUUUUGAGCGUUACACUAAGGGAAAUAAAAUAAAGAUAGUGUCAAAGGGACAGUUCACACAGUCAACUCUUUGUUCUUUUGUCUUAAAAAUCUUGUUUUUUUAUAGAAAAAAGAUAAGGGAAAAAAAUGAAAAACAAGAAAAGUCCAUGGCUAAUCUGUUGUUACUUGUAACAAUCUCGUUUGCUUUGCUCAGACACUCCCAGAAAGAAUCUAUUAAAACUCAACGCACUAACUUCUAAAAACCCCAUUACACACCCAAGUCAGAAAAUUAUAAGAGGAGAUAGAAAAGAAAGAGAGAGAAAAGGGAAGAUUGAUAGAGAAAAAAAAGUUUCUAGGGUUUCUUGGUGAAGAUGUCUAGGGAUGUCGAUGAGGCUCGAUCGAAAAAAAAUUCCGGCAAUCGAGGAUCGAUUAAGUCUAUGCUUGUACUCAACAAAUUAAAAAGUUAGCCAGCCAGGCCCUAGCUCAAGAUUCACCGAAAGCCUCGAUUUUACGCGCAUUUGAUCCGUUAAAAGAAACAACGAUGUUUCAGCCCAACAUUUUCGACAGUCAUCACCACCUUCUCGACAUGAGUCAAAAAACACCCGAAAACGAGAUGGACCUCAUUAGAGAUGAUGAAUAUGAGAGUAAAUCGGGCACGGAUUUGAUGGAGGCACCAUCUGGAGACGAUCAAGAUCCAAAUCAACGGCCCAAGAAAAAACGAUACCAUCGCCACACGCAGCACCAAAUCCAAGAAAUGGAAUCGUUUUUCAACGAGUGCCCCCACCCGGACGACAAGCAACGGAAGGAGCUCGGGCGUCGACUAGGACUCGAGCCUUUGCAAGUCAAGUUUUGGUUUCAAAACAAACGUACCCAAAUGAAGGCCCAACACGAGCGCCAUGAAAACACUCAGCUUCGGAACGAAAACGAGAAGCUAAGGGCAGAGAAUAUACGGUACAAAGAAGCCUUGAGCAAUGCAACUUGCCCCAACUGUGGUGGCCCGGCUGCCAUUGGCGAGAUGUCGUUCGACGAGCAGCACCUCAGGAUCGAAAAUGCUCGUCUAAGAGAAGAGAUUGACAGGAUAUCUGGAAUAGCUGCAAAGUAUGUGGGCAAGCCCAUGCUCUCAUACCCACAUCUUCCCACCGGCUCAUCAUCACGCUCCCUCGAACUUGGAGUCGGAAAUUUCGGGCCGCAAACGGGCCUUACCGGUGAGGUUUACGCUGCAUCCGAUCUUCUCAGGUCUGUUUCGGGCCCAACAGACGCCGACAAGCCCAUGAUUAUCGAGCUGGCCGUUGCAGCUAUGGAGGAACUGAUCCGUAUGGCUCAAUCCGGCGAACCGUUGUGGAUUCCUAGCUCGGAUAAUUCUUCCGAGACAUUAAAUGAGGAAGAGUAUGGGCGGGCCUUCCCGCGUGGGAUCGGGCCCAAGCCUUUGGGCCUGAAAUCCGAAGCCUCUCGGGAGUCCGCGGUUGUGAUCAUGAAUCAUAUCAAUCUUGUGGAGAUACUCAUGGAUGUGAACCAAUGGUCAAGUGUGUUUGCUAGCAUUGUUUCAAGAGCUGUGACUUUGGAUGUUUUGUCCACUGGUGUGGCUGGCAACUACAAUGGAGCACUACAAGUUAUGACAGCCGAGUUUCAGGUCCCGUCUCCUCUGGUCCCGACUCGCGAGAACUACUUUGUCCGAUACUGCAAACACCACUCGGACGGGAGUUGGGCAGUUGUCGAUGUCUCGUUAGAGAAUCUCCGACCCAACUCUGUAUCCAGAUGUCGCCGUCGGCCUUCCGGUUGUCUCAUUCAAGAGCUUCCUAACGGUUACUCAAAGGUCACGUGGGUGGAGCACGUGGAAAUAGACGAUCGAGCCGUGCACACCAUAUACAAAGCGCUGGUCAACUCGGGCCUAGCCUUUGGGGCCCGCCGAUGGGUUUCCACUCUCGACCGGCAAUGCGAACGACUCGCGAGCCUAAUGGCCAACAACAUUGCAGCAGGGGAUGUCGGUGUUAUAUCGUCCCCGGAGGGUAGGAAGAGCAUGCUGAAGCUGGCGGAGAGGAUGGUGAUGAGCUUCUGCACGGGCGUUGGGGCAUCGACAGCUCACACGUGGACGACACUUUCCGGGAGUGGUGCGGACGAUGUUCGGGUGAUGACUAGGAAGAGCAUGGACGAUCCAGGCAGGCCACCCGGGAUUGUGCUAAGUGCUGCAACCUCGUUCUGGCUUCCGGUCCCACCUAAGAGGGUGUUCGACUUCCUUAGGGACGAGCACUCGCGAAGCGAGUGGGAUAUUCUGUCGAACGGCGGCCUUGUUCAAGAAAUGGCACACAUUGCCAACGGACGUGAUCCGGGGAACUCCGUCUCUUUGCUGCGUGUCAAUAGCGCGAACUCGAGUCAGAGCAAUAUGCUGAUAUUGCAAGAGAGCAGCACGGACUCGACCGGUUCGUAUGUCAUUUAUGCUCCAGUUGAUAUCGUGGCUAUGAAUGUUGUCUUGAGUGGUGGAGACCCGGAUUACGUGGCCCUUUUGCCGUCGGGCUUUGCUAUACUUCCUGACGGGCCCACUAACCCGGUGGGCCCGGUUCCUGAUGUUGGGUCGGGCGGGUCAUUGCUGACUGUUGCGUUUCAAAUACUGGUCGACUCUGUUCCUACGGCCAAGCUUUCUUUGGGUUCGGUGGCGACUGUGAAUAGCCUCAUCAAAUGCACGGUCGAGCGGAUCAAAGGUGCCGUCUUGUGUGAAGGGGCCGAUAGAAGGAUGUUUACGGUAGGAUCGUGAAAGAAAGGGGAGAAGUCAAGAACGCACCUUGCGUGUGUCCUUGCUUUGUGGUGUUUAUCGACAGAUAUUCACCACAAGGCAAGGGUAAUGGGUUCGGGUAUUGACUCUACCCACAUUUGUAGUAAGGACCAAGUAAACAAAAGACCUUAUUUUGUCAGAAUUGUAAUGGGACAAACCUAUGUAUGUUUUGGUUUUGCACAAGGUUCAGUGUCAUGUGUUGUGUUGGUUAGCAUUAAUUUGCUCCUUUUGUCAUUAGGAAGAUGUUUAGCAUUACAGUGAUUUGUAGACUGAUAACUAUGGAUCCUCAAGCUCUUUUCUAAUCAAUUAAUGGUGUUCUGUUUUGA